AUGGACGGGACUGUGUUGGCUUUCGUAUGCGUCGCCGAGCCUUACGGAUGGUCCAAGGCGUCUUGCAUCGAGAAUGGCGGGAUGGAAUGGGAAUCGUUAUUGAACACAGCAGCAAUUCUUGGACAUGCAACCUGUGUCAGGAUCCUCGUCGAUUACCACAACGCAAAUAUUGAAGGAUUGGGGUCAGUGUUAAUAUGCGGACGAUAUCUGGACGGAGUUAACCCUUUAUGGUGUGCUGCUUCCAAAGGCCACCUGGAGGUCGUGGACUUUCUCCUUUCCAAAGGAGCCAAUGCAAAUGGCGUCACGACCUUCAACAGCACGCCCUUUGGCAGCAGCGUGUUCCCACGGACACUUCGAAGUUGCCAGACUUCUCCUGGAACACGGAGCUUAACAGAUAUUUCUAGGAUGGAGAAGAUCGAAGCACUGGAGCUUCUUGGAGCCUCAGUUUUAGACAAAAUAAGAGAUGCAGUCGGUGCUGUCGAGUACUGGAAGUCAGCGCUGAGUCUGAGGUAUGUCGAUGGAACGCUGAUGUACCCAAAACCUGACCAUCACCUGUCAUGUCCUUUAUGUGACGAAUUCGGCGAAUUCACGACCGUCCAACAACUGGAGGCCAUAGAAAACAACAACAAUGCAGUGUACGUACAGUCUCUGCUUGUGAGGGAAAGGAUCCUGGGUACUGAUGAUGCUGGAACAAUGAGAAGUUUCCGGUCGACCGGGCUUGAUUAUGCAAGAUGUGGUGAUUUGAAAUGGUGCAUCAACUUAUGGCUUCACGCCAUCAGUAUGCAACAGCUUCAACUCAAGCCACUAGACCCAAGCAGACUGUUUCACCUGCAGUCGUUUGUUAGUUUAUUCGCAGUCGUGACGAACAGUAACCACACACGCAAAUGGAAUUGUAAACCCUCGAUCUACUUUGAGGAUUUAAUGUUUGCUUUCGAAGUCUGCACUGGAGAGAUGGCAAUGGUUACUUAUAAUAUACUGAAUGAAACCUGCAUUUGUGAAAGAAAGAAGCACGAUUCUCACCUCGACCAGAUUAUUGUUGUCGUAAUGCAUUUGUUAGUCUCAUUAACUCGGUUACAGACAGAAUUCUGGGCCAUUCAGUGGUGCAAGGUGAAAAUAUCAGUGAGUAGGUUGGUGAAUAUGGAUCUAAGGGACUCCACAGGUUCGACUCUCCUCCACCUGGCAUGUUCUCUGGGUGUCAGGGACAUUGGAAACUUGCUGCUGCCAAUCUCUGCCUCUCUCAGAACAGAGAUCGUAGACCUUCUCCUGGAAACUGGUUCAGAUCCUUGCGCCAGAGACCAUGCGGGUAACACACCCUUGCAUAUACUUGCCUGGAAUGAAGACUUUUCAGAGAGCACAGUAGGUGCUCUUCUGUCUGCUGGAGCUAACUUGGACGAUGUAAAUAGCAGAGGUGAAACUUUUGGAUCGUUGAUGGCUUCCCGGGAACAGCCACUUGUUCAAUUUGAAGAUCGCGAGUCAUAA